AUGCAACAGGGCAGGCAUCUUUGGUCUCUUGCACGGCCCUGUCGUUUCGUCGCGCAUCGUCGAUUUCCCGCUGUAGUCACAUCCCCGUUGCGUCGCUUCCAUCUUUCACAGAUAUGGCGAUCCUCGACACCGUCUGAUCCUAAGGAUUCUCGAGACUCAGUAUCCGGAAGUGCCCAUAACGACGUUCCGGCGCUCAAUGGGACAGCCAACCCAGCUAAUCCGGACGCCUCGAUUGGAACAGGGGAACAACCAAGCGCGAAGGAUCCGGGUCCUUAUGGGUCUCCCAUUCGGCGGGCACUGAGAAGCAGAAAGCGUUCCAGGGAAUCAAUACCCCCGACUGCUUUGAUCCCAGAUUGGUUCCGCGAGCGGAAUACGGUGCUCAACGAGAGCCGACAGGGGGAGACGCGACAGCCGGUGAACAUCCGGUCUGUCGUACAAACUGAUAAGGUCUCCGCGGAUGCGUUGUCAUCCGGAGGCAGUGGGGAGGAGCCGCCUGCAGUGGGUGGACAACCGCUUUCUGAACACCGCUACGCCUUGACCGACGCCUUAUGGGAGGAGCUGUGUGCCUCCGCUAGGGCCGGCUUACGACUACCGCCGGCGAAAUAUGCAACCGAGCCAUCUGCACUCAAAUCGCACCUCGUUCUUCAUUAUCCUGGCACCGGUGGGAUUUUGUUCCUGGACGCAGUCGUUAAGCGACUCGCCGGGGAGCUCAACACUGACUUGGUGACGCUUAAUGCUCAAGACAUCGCCCAGCUCUGCAUUGAGCAGGACUUAACAGAUACAGGUAGAACGUCGCCCAUUCGACUCCUCGGCUAUGAAGUCUUCCGACCAUCAAUCUCAGAUUCGUCACGUGAGUCCGGUGAAGGGGCGAAUGAGGAAGAUGAAGGGGAAGCGGACGGGGUGGUGCUUCCACGAUCCAUACGCGGCCCUCGUGGUCGAAUUAGCCCAAUGGGUAUUUCACAAUUUUUAACCAUUGGGAGCCCCCGCGAAUCCGGUGACAUCCCUCUCCCUAGUCUCAAGUCUCUAGUCGCAGCAUUCAGCCCAUCAGAUAGUUCGUCAGGCAGCGCAUCAUCACGGCCAUCCUUUGAUCGAUCCGAGGAGAGACGGCUCCAGCUUUUGCAUAAACUUCUUUCAGGCCCCGGGAAAUCAUCAGGACAAUCUGCUACUCCGCCCGCAGUCGACCAAGAGGCGCCUGGUGACUUUGUCAACCCACAGCCGGAGCAGGCGCGUGAUAUCAUCGUCCAGGUUCAGGACUAUGGUGAUAUACAAAGUACACGCGAGGGCGCGAGAUUCCUGAAUUUGCUACAGGAAGUAAUCCAGGAUCGGCGAAAGGACGGACACAGGGUUUUGUUCAUUGGGACUGCUGCUCAAGACGUUCCUCCGGAUUCAGAUUCUUCAAGAUUACUGCAGAAUGCGUUUGACGAUCAAUUUUCUCAAAUGGUUGUUGUCACGCCCGCCAUGAAAACUGAGGCACGAGAAAGGACAUUUGCGGAAGAUUUAAAAAAGCGGACACUAGACAUCAACAUUCGGCACAUCCAGAGCAUGCUGCGGACACGGCUUGAGGAGCAACCAUCGGCAGUUAAGGAUGAUGUCCUCCAAACUUCCUGGUCACUGGAUGCGCCUCUUCUGAAAGAGUCCGGUCUUGAUGAGCGAUAUUGGUCGUACAAUCAAGUGCACUGGGUAGCGACACUUGCUCUUGGGAGCCUUCGGCCGGAUGAGGCAUUCGGUUUCGAGCAUAUUAAGCGCGGGCUUGAAAUGUUACAGAAGACAGAGCAUAUCAGAGACGAGUGGCUGCAAGAACGAUCGCCCAAGGUGAAGUCCGCGGGAACGGAGAACAACCGAGAGCGUCUUAUCUCGUCUCUGCGUAAAACUUGCAAUUCCCAUGAGAAGAAGCUGCUGAAUGGUGUCGUGGACGCAAAAAGUAUUCGCACCACUUUCGCUGAUGUGCACGUACCACCCGAAACGAUUGACGCCUUGAAAACCCUCACCUCCCUGUCACUUAUCCGUCCCGAGGCUUUUACCUAUGGUGUGCUAGCUACUGAUAAGAUACCGGGCUUGCUUCUCUACGGACCCCCAGGCACCGGUAAGACUCUACUUGCUAAGGCCGUGGCGCGCGAAAGUGGUGCUACUGUGCUCGAAGUCAGCGGGUCCGAGGUGUACGACAUGUACGUGGGCGAAGGAGAGAAAAAUGUCAAGGCCAUUUUCACUCUGGCCAGGAAACUCAAUCCAUGCGUCGUUUUCAUAGAUGAGGCAGACGCCAUCUUCUGUUCCCGUACCGGGGCCAGCAGUCGCACGUCCCAUCGGGAACUGAUCAACCAGUUCUUGCGGGAAUGGGAUGGGAUGAACGACCUUUCAACGUUUAUCAUGGUCGCCACAAACAGACCUUUCGAUUUGGACGAUGCGGUUCUCCGUCGUCUCCCCAGGCGACUACUUGUGGACCUUCCUAUAGAGCAAGACCGUCUGGCCAUCCUAAAGAUCCACCUCAAGGAAGAAGCCCUGGAUGCCUCUGUCGAUCUUGCAGAACUGGCCCGUCGCACUCCACUAUAUUCCGGUUCUGAUUUGAAGAACCUGUGCGUAGCGGCCGCUUUGGCUUGCGUACGUGAAGAGAACGCGUUGGCACAGCAGCAUACGGGCGAUGAGCCCUACCAAUAUCCUGCAAGGCGAACGCUGACAUGGGCACAUUUCACCCGCGGCAUGGAAGAGAUCAGCGCGUCCAUCAGCGAAGAUAUGUCGUCCCUUUCGGCAAUCCGUAAGUUCGACGAGCAAUACGGAGACCGCAAAGGUCGGCGCAAGAAGAGCCCUGGGUGGGGAUUCACAACGCCUGUCGGUGACGCAGUCGGAGCAGAUACCGCACGGGUUCGAACAUGA